CAAACUGUUACAAAACACAUCAUCAUAGAAACGCCCCUUUUAAUCGAGUCACGAGGCGUUCCAGCAUGAUCAUGUACAAGUAAAUGUAAAGUUCAUCGGGAAUAAACCAGAAAUGGCUCUGUGUUUUUCUCUUGGCCAUGACAUGGGAUAGAGGAUGGUUACGAAGAGGGUCUAAUCUGUGAUCUCUCUCAUGAUUGAUGGAAAGAAUAAUUAGGUUUUUUGGUUUGAUAACGAAAGAGGAAAAGGGUAUGAAGCCUUUUCUUCUGAAAUGUGGUUUGGCUUUGGCUCUUACCUUUGCUGGACUUCUCUACUCUCAUAUCGGAGCCAAGAGAAUCAAACCUUCUCCUACUUCCCCCAAGGGACACCCUUCAGGUCAUGAAAGCGAAGAUAAUUUUGUGAGAGGUAAAAAGGAUGCUUCUAGUUCUGGCACCAAUCUUUCAGAGGAAAAUGUUUUGGAUGCUGAAGAAACAUGCAUCAGCAAGGUGAUUGGUAAAAAUUCCCCAUUGGGUCUCUCUUUGAGGACUAAAAGAAGUGGAGAGAAAGAUGAGUUCAUCCAUCCUGAAUUUAAUGAUCCUAUCAAGGAUGCUGAAUUUGGAGUCAUCAUUGAAGGUAGUUCUUUUAAGAAAGAGGUAGAAACACCAAGGUCAAAAGUAGGAUCUCCUAUGGCAUAUGCAAAUGUUGACAAAGAUGACUAUGAGAAAGAGAUCAGGAACCUCAGGAGCAUGAUCAGAAUGCUUCAAGAGAGGGAAAGAAACCUUCAGUUUCAACUACUUGAGUACUGUGGCAUUAAAGAGCAACAAGCAGCAGUGAUGGAGCUCCAAAAUAGAUUGAAGAUAAGUAAUAUGGAGGCUAAGAUGUUCAAUCUGAAGUUUGUGACCUUGCAGUCUGAGAAUCGGAGAUUGGAGGUACAAGUGGCUGAUCAUGCAAAACUGGUAUCUGAGCUUGAGACUGCAAAAACGAAAGUUAAGUUUUUGAAGAAGAAAAUUAAGUAUGAAGCUGAACAGAAUAGGGAGCAUAUCAUGAAUCUUAAGCAAAAAGUUGCCAAGUUGCAGGAUCAUGAAUUUAAAGUUGCUGCUAACGAACAAGAGAUUCAAAUUAAGCUGAAAAGGCUUAAGGAUCUUGAGUGUGAGAUAGAGCAGUUGAGAAAAUCUAAUUUGAGACUCCAGAUAGAAAAUUCUGACUUAUCUCGAAGAUUGGAUUCUACUCAGCUCCUUGCAAAUGCUGUUCUAGAAGAAGCCGAGGCACAAGCUCUGAAAGAAGAAGGUGAACGUCUCAGACAAGAGAAUGAAGGGUUGACGAAAGAACUUGAGCAAUUACAUGCAGAUAGAUGUUCAGAUCUUGAAGAGUUAGUUUAUUUGCGGUGGAUAAAUGCUUGCUUAAGACAUGAACUACGAAGUUAUCAGCCCCCACCUGGUAAAACAGCAGCAAGGGACUUAAGUAAAAGCUUGAGUCCUACCUCUGAGAAGAAAGCCAAGCAACUUAUACUUGAAUAUGCAAACAAUGAUGGGCGAGGGAGCGUUUCUGAUGUGGACUCUGACCAAUGGUCCUCUUCACAGGCUUCUUGUUUCACAGACUGUGGUGAGCAUGAUGAUUAUUCUCUUAAUGAUACUUCAUCUGAGGCCAAAGCUAACAAUCCAAGCAAGUCAAGGAUUUUUGGCAAGCUUAUGAAGCUGAUACGAGGCAAAGACAGCCAGCAACAACGUGAUCGAGUUAUAUCUAAAGAAAAAUCAAUUUCCCGGGUAGAUAGCAGCAGUUCACAUUUCAGCUUGAGUAUGUCAACUGGAAAUGAGUGUCUUAGGAGCGAAUAUACGACUCCCUCUGUCACUUCUAGAACUUCCUUUGAUUAUAACCAAGCCACGAGUAUGAAGGAUGAUAGUAGGAGAAAUUCAUAUAGCCAUACCCCAGGAAGCUCCAAGAAUUUCAGUCCAAUGAGAAGAAGUUCAGCAGAUUCCAAAAACCGCCUCGAUUCUUUCUCAGAAUCCCCUGGCAUGGAGAAAACUAAUUUGGUCAAAUAUGCUGAAGCUUUAAAAAAUUCCAGUGAAGCCCCCAAACAUAAAUCACACAGAAGAUCAGCAGCAUAUAGUUCGUUUUAACUUAUUAGCUACAUAUGCAAGGAUUUUACAUUACGAUGAAUAUUACAGAUUAGCAGGGUUUAUUUAGCAAUCAAUCCUGAUGUACAAUAUUAGACGUUAGGAGCUGUUCAGAUAACCAUGUAAUAAUUAAGGAGGGAGGCACUUAAAAUCAUAGGCAAGAAUUCAUGCAUAGUAAUUCUGUGAGUAUGGUAAAAUUUUAACUUCUGGCGAUUCAUUAUGAUCCUUUUCUCUAGCCAUAACUUGCUUCUUUGCAAUUGGUAAUUUCUAGAUUAACUAUAUUACAAAAUUCUGAUGAAAAAUUUUGAACCGUCAGGUUUAGUAUUAAGUUCCCUUCAUCCUACUUCAGGAAUUCUGCUCAUUUUGCUUUUCCACCACAGUGCUACAUGGACUUGUUCAAAAGUUGUGUCUGUUGAAUAUUCAAUCUGGUGAGGCAGAUUGUGAGGUGGAGAUAAACUUGGUUUUUUUCCUCUUAACAAUUACAUGUUAUUU